GUGAAGGAAUUCGUCUUUAACACACUCACUGUGCUCUUUAUAGUGUCCACUUAGUGUGGUCUGGGAGUACUUUGUUGAGAUUGAGAUUUUACUCCAAACUGAAAACGGGUGGUGAACAAUUGCGCAAUCGAAGCCCUAAAAGAUGCAAUUAACGCCUUUGUUGUCCUACAGUGUAGGAUGGGCGCGUAAAACCUCUCCAGAAAAUACCUUUUAACCCACCCUGUCAAAACCGGCCUGGGUUAUGUUUAACUGGGGCACAGAGGAAUGGAGUUUUGCUUCCACUUAGGUUGCAGUUCUCGCUGUCGGACACUUGGUGCUGCUGCUUGGGAAGCAGCUGUGUAGCAAACGAGGGGGGCGGCCACGGUGGUGCGACGUGGAAAGGCAGAACAGCAUUCUGGUGUUGUCUGAUGGUAGAGAUUAAACUCCAGCGACCCAAUGAGAACGCACACCGUCCCGGAUCUCAGUAGGAGCUAACGCUGAAAUGAAAGCAAAGGGGCGAACCGGGUAAAUACUUGUGUUAGGAAGAAGUCGUCGCCAUGGACGGAGGGCUGAUUAUUACAUUUAUAUCUGUGGCGAUGUUUGUAGGCUCCUUUCUCUUCGGAUUCAUCCCACUGUUGUUCAGACUGUCUGAGAAAAGCCUGCAGUUCGUUUCCAUCCUGGGGGCAGGUCUGCUGUGUGGGACAGCGCUGGCCAUCACCAUCCCAGAGGGAGUGGGUUUGCUGGAAGACUCGUGGAAAACGUCAUCCUCUGAUGUGUCAUCCGGUCUAAAUUCCAGUAAAGAAAAUGGGACCGUGGCAGAGAGAGGCCCACCUCGGUUCCUCAUUGGGGUGGCUUUGACGCUCGGGUUCACCUUCAUGUUUGUCGUCGAUCAGAUAGGAAGCUACCUUUCCACACGCGACCAGACGACUUGUUUGUCCAACAGCGUCCACUUCACAGCCACGUUGGGCCUGGUUAUUCACGCUGCAGCUGAUGGAUUUGCUCUGGGUGCUGCUGUGGCUACAGGUCAAGUGACAGUACAAGUUGUAGUGUUUUUUGCUGUGAUUCUGCACAAGGCGCCCGCCGCUUUUGGCUUGGUCUCCUUUCUGAUGCACGGAGGCCUCGAGAAGAAGUUCAUUCAGGGACACUUACUGGCCUUUUCAGCUGCAGCGCCUAUAGUUGCUAUUGCCACUUACUUCAUAUUAUAUGCAUCUGGAAGCUCAUCUGAGAAUCAGCUCAGUGCAACGGGAGUGGGAAUGCUCUUCUCAGCGGGGACGUUUCUCUAUGUGGCCACGGUGCAUGUUCUCCCUGAGAUCAGCAGCAGCAGGACUGAUGAGCUGCCCUUGGACUCCGAGCAGCAGUCUGGAGCCGAAGCCCACCAGCAGAGACACUUGGGGCUCCUGGAGAGCCUCACCCUCAUCAUCGGUGUGGGGCUUCCGAUGUUGCUGGCCCUCGGACUGCACGAUGACUAAAAGAAAACAUGAGGGCAAUUUAUUUUAAAAGGGGGUGAAAGGAAAACUCUGAGGACCUGUACUGUAUGCCACAAUGAUCAGAGGACAAAAUAGGCUUUGACAGAGUCUACCUUGGUCCUCUUAUUUCAGUGUAACUUGGAUUUGUGUCAGGCUAUUGUUUGGGUGUCAAAAAGCUUUCCGGGAGGUGAUAAAGAAUCGGGUAACUAAUAUAGUUUCAUAGCUGAAUUGAGUUUCCAUUCAGAGGAAGCAGAAACAGUUCUCAUUUGUUGCCACGGUCCGCUGAAGGUAUGUUGAGGUAUUAAAUAUCCUGAAAGGUGAAUAGAUUUACAGGAACAACCAAAUAAUUCGAUACUCUCUCACCUAGAAAAUAAGGUCUCUAGGGCGUACACUUUAUAUUAUUAUAUUUUACGGCUAAGAGUUUGAAAAUAUGGCCGGAUUUUCAGAUUAUAAAUGUGCAAUAAUACAAACUACAAAGUUUUUUUUAUAAUGUUGUUUGUCUGAGUUGGUUUAUGGUGGGGAUCGUGUUGAGUGAAAGGCAGCCUGGACAGGUUACCGUCUGUCUGCUAUCACAGAGGCGCGGGCCAACUGUUCGCACUCACAGCUGCAGCUAACGCUAAUUUAGAAUCAUCUCUCUGACUGAGCAUUCAUGCUUGUGCAGUGUGGAAUAAGGCUGGGACAAAACCAGGGACACGCGGAGAACAUCCAAACACAGAAAAGGGGCAAAGGUUUGAACCUCUCAAUGUGAAGUGAUAAUAACUGCAGCCAAAUGAGAAGACCAACCGGUAAACUGGUCCAGCAACUCUCAUGUUAGGUGAUACGUUAGACGGAGACGGGUUCCUGGCAGCAGGUGAGGUACGUAUCAAGCAGAUUCUGGAGGUUACAGAUGUUUUAUUGACUCACUGCCAGUUAGAGCAAUUUUUACCUUUACUUUCCUUCUUUCAGCUCCUUUAGUGUGUGCAACAUGUGAAAUAUUGAAACACGUGAAAUGUCUUCUGGUUUUAUAAUGGCUUAUUUAUUUACUUUAUACUUGAUUCUUUUUUGUUUUCGUCACACAACGCUGUACAUUGCUGCAUCGACUGACCUAAAGCUUGUUUACUUAUGUUUAACGUGUGGAGCAGAAUUCCCCUUUUAACAGCUACACUAAAUAUCUUGAGAUUGAAUUUUAAUUUCAUAGUUUUUGUAUUGUAAACCAAAGUUAAGAUAUUUUACACUUAAAUUUGUCCUUUAUUCAUUAAGCUCUAAACACAGUUCAUGUAUGAACCCAUAUGAAAACACAUGCACAGGUUAGAGACCAAUUAGGUUUGCAUCAAUGUAACCCAUCUGCUCUACAAACCUUUGGAAGUGACCACAGAAGACAUGACAAAGGAGUAUUAGCCAAAAGGAAGGUUUUUGGGUUUAUAAAUGACAGGCCACCAAAUACCCUGAUUCAACCGAGGACUUGGAUUUUAACUACUUUAAAAAAAACUUUGUCUUCAAGAAUGCCUUAAAUCACUGUCUGUGGUUGAUGCUGUCUAGUGUUGCUUAUUAAAUUUUUGUUUGUCUGAUAAAUAUUGAUGACUCCUGUUUCCUCCUACUGGUGGAAACUUCCACUCUGACCCUCGGUGGAAGCUUGCCAUUGGUGGAACACCACUAGAAUAAAAUCCAGUGUUUUUAUGAACUCCCUGAUCAGGGCUCAUUUGCUGGAGUUUUUUGUUUUUUUUUUAAGUUGAACACCAUGCCAUGAGAAUAAAGAUUUCUUUACUAUUGUCUAAAAAGAGAGUUCCUUGGAGUUCUUUGAUGAUUUGUCCUACAUGUGACCCCAAUUUGAAUACAGGAAGUGCUCCCGUUUACAGUUCAUGUAAUUAUUAAAAAUGUGGCACACAUGAUCACGCUGCUAAUGGUGAAAUCAAACAUCUGUUAUGGCCUAGCAUUAAAGUGAUACAGCGUUGUUCUGUUUGAAUCUUGCACGUAAUAAAAAUCUUCAAGUGGUAUAAAGAUUUUAUAACACACAGUAGUCAGACUAACAGGAAAACAGGCAACACCGUGGUCUAGCAAACAUUAACUCUUGCCUCGUGUCCUCAUAGCUCAUUCAGAGCAUUGCAGUAGGACUGCACUUUGAUUCCUUUCCAACCUCUGCAGACUAUCCCCUCCCCUCUUAUUUGCAGUCUACUAACAGCUAAACGCUCUAGCCAUCAAUCUUUAAGUGCCGGAUGGUUAUAUUUGUUGUCACUAGUUGAAUGUGGGUUGCAUAUAAUGUGUUGCUACACAAUCAAUCUCAUCUCAGGCUUAAGAACUAGCCAGGGGUCAAAUAUAAAUGAAUACACUGCUGUGAAGUACUGAACACAAAUGGUUGAGGAAACAAUGGUGCCUGUAAAGUUUACCCUGACAGGAGGUCACUCAGAGGUCUUGCUGAUCUAAGCAGUUAACCUCAACUAAAUAAAAUGAAAUGAAACCGUUUGGAAGUCUUUGAAACUGUAUCCCAGCUACUGCACUCUAUCAAAUAAAAAGUUGACUUUUUGGAUUAUUAAAAUCACCAAAUGUUCAUGUGUCUGUCAUUACAAUGGCCAAAAAUUAUUUUUAAGAACAGCUCUGAUAUGAUGUUCAAGGGCCCUUGCAUCUCGGGGACCAUUUAUAAUGAAUUUAAAUUCAUUUACAUUCAAAGUGCAGAGAACAGUGAUGUGUCUCAGUAUUUCUGCAAGUCUCUGGAGCUAUUAUUUGACUGCAGAUCCUUUUCUAAGCAGCUCUGGGU